GCAAUCACCUCGCCCCGCCCAAUCACCUCGCCGCUCUUCUCACGCCCACGACCACGCCCACGCCACGCCACGCCACGCCACGCCAUGAUCUCAUAGUAGCCGCCAUAGCAUACAUUUAUUCUGCGCAACGCCAACAUGCCACGGCAGACGACCACCGCCAAAUCUCCAGCGCCAGUCGCCUCGGCUUGGGAGCGAUAUCGCGGCGUCGGCCUCGAUGCGCGCUUAGCCGCCCCCUCAGGGCGUAUCCUCAGCUCCGGCCCAUCAACUCCUCCCCACGCUGCAUCGAGAGUCAGCAACGCUAUGGGCGGAUUCUUCAACUUCGGGGGCGCCGCCGCCGCCGCAGGGAGUGAUGGCAAGGGCAAGAGCAAGGGCAAAGCGCGCUUAGCUGGACCGAAAGGUUCUGCUUCGUCCGCCGCCCUCGAAGCUACCGGGUGGAACCAACCUUCCGCCCCUGCUCGUCGAUUGGAAUCUUCACCCCUGCUCAGCAGCUCCUCUGUGGCGCCACUCAGGAGGACUGGUGCCGAUCCCACCGCCGCUGCGGGGAUGGUGCCCUCGACGUCGCGAUUCAGUGUGCGCAGCAUAGGCGGCGGGGCAGGGAGGGCAAAGAAACGACGCUGGUACAUGGAUCUCUUUCGCCCGACGAGGGACAAGGUCGAGGACGUCCUCGAUAGCUGGUGGGGUAGACAUGGCGUCUUAGUUCUGGCGCCUUGUGUCAUGGUCUGGAUUUGGUGCGCUGUCCCCUUUCCCAAGACUCACCCGGAUGACCCAGGCGUACCUUGGUGCGAAGACACGCCCGAGGCUCCGUGGUGUCGUCCCUUUGCCCUGUCACCACGCAGCGCCGCGUCAACGACGACGGACGCCAACUUCUACUUCUUUCUCCUCUUCUACUACGGCCUCUACCUCUCCGUUGCCCUCGUCUACAUCACUCAGCUAUUCAGCCUGUACCGCCUCAACUGGUGGCCAGCUCGCCUGGGUGCAAAGACGUCCUAUUCCAUCUUCUGGCUCCUCUCCAUUGGCGCUGGCUUCCUGCUCCAUCGACUGCGCUUCGACUCGCUGACCGCGCCAGGAGGGAGUUCAGACAACGAUGACGACGCCCAGGAUGACGACGACGAUAUCCAGUGGCAGCGCAAGACGCUCUGGGUCACCCUGGCCUUUGCCAGCAUGGCCAUGCCCGCGCUCGUCUGUCUCAUUGGGCUCAGACGCUCCGGGAGACAGACGUAUCGCCACUCCCUCACCGAAGCGCAGAAGACGUUCCUGGAACGUCAGCUCGCACGACGUAUACCCGCAAGCUAUAUUCGCUUCCUCUGGUUCAUCGCUACGAUUGGGUUGAGUCUAGUUGCCUUGUUGGCCGGUCAGGGGUACGCGAGCGUCUACUUGAGCACACUCCCGCAUACAGGGUUGGACGGCACAGCCUACGUGACCUUUUGGAUGACGACGGUCAACCUGCUUGCUGUGAUUUCGCACUGGAUACUCGAGGAGAAGGUGCGAUCCCGCGCCCUCCUCUUCGCCAACAAGUACUACUACUUUCUGGUCUACUUCAUCUUCUACCGCAACCUCUUCGCGCGUCUACGCUCCUUCGACCAAUUCGCCCUCGUCCAGCUCCUCUCCUCCUUCUGGGUCUGCAUCUGGUAUCCGCUCUCCAUGACCUCCCUCUCGCACCGCAUCGUCUCCUGGUUCAACCCGCCGGGACGCCCGGGCAAGUCCUGGGAGGAGUACGUCGAGAGCGUAGGGCUAGCCUUCUACUUGAGGAACCUCGCCCAGAAUGUUACGAUGGUGGCAUUUCUGGGGUGGGUGAGCAUCUUACACUUUGGCAAGAAUCAGGCCUUGUACCCCUUUUUCUCCUUCGUGGAACCGACGGAACAGGACGACCCGCCCAAUCGCGGCACAAACGACGACCCGUACAACUAUCGCCUUACGAUGCUCGGCUCCCUGGCCAUCUGGGCGUCGGAGCUGCUCACCUCCUGGCUGGCGCGCCUCCUCUGCCGCUGGACCAUGGGGGUGGACGUGACCAACUUGGGGUUGGACGAGAUGCGCGCCUUCCCCGACUUACUACCCACUUGCGUGUGGACGAGCGUGCACGUGCUCAUGGAUAUGCUCCUCUUUUUGAUCAAGCUGAAUUUUCGAUGAAGCGAUGCGUGGAGCGACGCGUGGAGCGAUGCGUGGAGCGAUGCGUGGAGCGUUGCGUGGAGCGCUGCGGCCAAUCAAUACCCUAUUUUCAUUCAAUGCGAUG